GGGAGCCGCGGCGGCCAUGGCGGGCCAGAGCGUGGAGGAGCUGCUGGCCAGGGCGGAGCAGGAGGAGGCGGAGAAGCUGCAGCGCAUCACGGUGCACAAGGAGCUGGAGCUCGAGUUCGACCUGGGCAACCUGCUGGCUUCGGACCGCAACCCCCCGACGGUGCUGCGCCAGGCCGGGCCGUCGCCCGAGGCCGAGCUGCGGGCCCUGGCGCGCGACAACGCGCAGCUGCUCGUCAACCGGCUGUGGCAGCUGCCGAGCGAGCGCGUGCAGGAGGCGGUGGUGGCGCGCCUGCCCGAGCCCGCCACUCGCCUGCCCCGCGAGAAGCCGCUGCCCCGGCCGCGGCCGCUCACCCGCUGGCAGCAGUUCGCGCGCCUCAAGGGCAUCCGCCCCAGGAAGAAGAGCAACCUGGUGUGGGACGAGCCGAGCGGCCAGUGGCGCCGCCGCUGGGGUUACGAGCGCGCCCGGGACGACACCAAGGACUGGCUGAUCGAGGUGCCCGGCGGCGCCGACCCCAUGGAAGACCAGUUCGCCAAGCGGCUUCAGGCCAAGAAGGAACGCGUGGCCAAGAACGAGCUGAACCGGCUGCGGAACCUGGCCCGGGCGCACAAGGUCCAGGUGCCCAGCACGGCCGGCCUGCACCCCACGGGGCACCAGAGGAAGGAGGAGCUGGGCCGCGCCAUGCAGGUGGCCAGGGUCUCCACCGCGUCGGCGGGGCGCUUCCAGGAGCGCCUCCCCAGGGAGAAGGCGCCCCGGGGCGCCGGCAAGAAGAGGAAGUUCCAGCCCCUCUUUGGGGACUUUGCAGCCGAGAAGAAGAACCAGUUGGAGCUGCUUCGAGCCAUGAGCAGCAAGAAGCCUCCGCUGGACGUGACACGGGCCACCAACAAGCAGAUGAGGGAGGAGGAGCAAGAGGAGGCCGCCAAGAGGAGGAAACUGGGCCAGAAGGGCAAGAAGAGGAAGGGGGGCCGGCCCGGGCCUGCGAGCAAGAGAAAGGGCGGGCCGCCCGGCCAGGGAGAGCGGAGGAAAGGAGGCUUGGCGGGCAGGAAGCAUCCCAGGCCUCCCGGCGGGGGUGCCAAGAAGGGGGGUCCGCACCAAGGUGGCAAGAGGAGGAAGUAGUAUUCUCCCCGCCGGACCUGUUCGGCCAAGCUACCGCCGGCUGUGCUAAGGGUUAAGU